GCAAUCGGCGUCGCAAGCGUUUUCAAUUCCAAAACCCUAACCCAAUAAAACACCCCACAGCUCUUUCUUCGACUGUAUCCGAACGCCGUCUGAGGGCUCUGCGAGACGAACCGAGAAUCUAGAUCUCGUUGGGAGAUCCACCUCAGCUGAAAAGAAUGACGUUCAAAAGAAGAAACGGAGGACGGAAUAAGCAUGGCCGAGGCCACGUCAAUUUCAUCCGCUGCUCUAACUGCGGCAAAUGCUGCCCUAAGGAUAAGGCAAUCAAGCGAUUCCUUGUCCGGAACAUCGUGGAGCAGGCGGCGGUUAGGGAUGUUCAAGAAGCUUGUGUCUAUGACGGCUACAUGCUCCCAAAGCUUUAUGCCAAGAUGCAGUACUGUGUGUCAUGUGCGAUCCACUCUCAUGUCGUCCGUGUCAGGUCUCGCACUAACCGUCGUAACCGAGAGCCGCCUCAGCGUUUCAGACGCAGGGAUGAUGCGCCCAAGCCAGGACAAGCUCCUCGUCCGGGCCAAACCGCAAAUCCAGUCCGUCCGUGAUGAGACUUCAUAUUUGGUGCCAUCUUUGGCUUCAUAAUUGCAUUGGAUUUGAGAUUAAUGUAUUCUGACAGUUCAGAGAUUCUGAAUUUUUGGUUUAGACAGCAAUACUUUUUGUUUUCAGUUGUUUGAGUACUGGAUUUCAAUAGCCUGAGCUUUUUCAUGAAGAAUAAAGUAUGUUUUCCUUUGUCA